AGUUCGGCUCGUUGACAGCCCAGCGGCUCAGCCCUAUCCCAGUUCCGUCCGUCCGUUCUGACCUCGGCUCGUCGGGCAGCGGCGCCCGGCGCACCACACAGGCUUUCUCCAACUCUCCGCCCUCGCCAUGGCCAUGACCGUGGCAGCCGCCUGGCUUCCGUCGACCGCCUCUCGCCGGAGAAUCUUAUCCUCUCCGCUCCCUCCGUUCGCGGCCCCUAUCUCCAUCCACAUGCCACGGCGGGCGCCGCCUCCCAGUCCCAUCCAUCCAAAGCCGCGCCUCUUCGUCGCCUACGCGCAGCUCGAUUUCUCCAGAGCUGUUCAAACAGCAUGGAGGGUCGGUAACGAUGCUGUGGAGGCAGGAAGUAAUCUUGUCCCAGGUUCAGUUCCACGACCAAUUGCCAGGAUAGGUGUUGCCUUUGCUGCUGUGUCAGUCGCCUUUUUCCUUGUCAAAUCCAUUGUGUCCACUGCAUUAUUUGUUCUGGUAAGCAGUCACGACAUUUGCGGCAAUGAUGGGCCUUAUAUAUCUCAGCUUCCUGGCUAUGAACCCAAAGGAGGCAUCCGGCUCUAGGCUGGAUGAAGCAAUGGGCAACCCAUCGGAGGACCCUGUUGAAGAGGCCCGUAGGAUAAUGGACAAAUACAAGUAAUUAACCUGUGCAAAGGUGCUGUACUCUCAGAGGUAUGAUUUGUCUGUAGAGCUUCCUUGCGUGACGUGAGGGGUGAUGGAUGGGUGGAUCUGAUUUUAGCAUACUACACUACACUCAGUGUUUUGAUAUAUGUAAAUAUAGUUGCACGGUUGAUGACCAAAUGAAUUCCGCAAAUCAACAAGAGGUUACCAAUUUCCGGGUCACAAAAAAAAAAGAGGUUAGCAACAAUUUCAUUCUUAAUAUUGUACUACCUCCAUUUUU